GGAAGGCGGAGUCCUUGAGCGCAUCUGGGGAACUAAGAGCAACAGCUCUUUCAGAUUCAGCCCAUGCAGAACUGUCCUCCAGGCUUUGGGGACCUGGGAAUGUGUGGCCGGCAGCGGGGCUGGAAGUGAUUACCCUGUGAUGGGACCUACGGAGAGGAGGUCCUCGGAGCGAGCGCCCCACCAGAAACGAGAGGAAUGAGCGAGCUGUGAGUUUUACACUGUGGCUGCUGCGCCUGGAUUUCCAGCAAGAGCUGGACUCUGGCCCGCGGAUCUUGUCUGUGCAGCGGGAGGCCCCGCUGGGAAACCGACAUGGCAGACAGCAGCACGGUGCUGCAGUGGGCCUACAUCAUCACGGAGAUUGCCAUCGGGCUCUGCGCCAUAGUGGGCAACGUGCUGGUCAUCUGGGUGGUCAAGCUGAACCCCAGUCUGCAGACCACCACCUUCUAUUUCAUUGUUUCUCUAGCCCUGGCUGAUAUUGCUGUUGGGGUGCUGGUCAUGCCUUUGGCCAUUGUCAUCAGCCUGGGCUUCACAGUCCACUUCUACAGUUGCCUUCUCAUGACAUGCUUGCUGCUGGUAUUCACGCACGCCUCCAUCAUGUUCUUGCUGGCCAUUGCUGUGGACCGAUACCUGCGGGUCAAGCUCACGGUCAGGUAUAGGAGGGUCACCACUCAAAGAAGAAUAUGGUGCGCCCUGGGCCUUUGCUGGUUGCUGUCAUUCCUGGUGGGAUUGACCCCCAUGUUUGGAUGGAACAUGAAAAUGUCCUCAGGGCCCCACAGAAAUGAGACCUUCCUUUCUUGCAAAUUCCUUUCCGUCAUGAAGCUGGACUACAUGGUGUACUUCAGCUUCUUCACUUGGAUUUUCAUCCCCCUGGUUGCCAUGUGCGCCAUCUAUAUUGAUAUCUUUUGUGUCAUCCGGAACAAACUCAAUCAGAACUUUUCAAGCUCCAAAGAGACAGGUUCAUUUUAUGGACGGGAGUUCAAGACAGCCAAGUCCCUGUUUCUAGUUCUUUUUCUGUUUACUCUGUCCUGGCUGCCUUUAUCCAUCAUCAACUGUAUCACCUACUUUAAAGGUGACGUGCCCCAAGUUGUGGUUAACCUGGCCAUCCUGCUGUCCCACGCUAACUCCAUGAUGAACCCUGUCGUCUAUGCUUUUAAAAUAAAAAAGUUCAAGGAAACCUAUUUCUUUAUCUUCAGAACCUAUAUGACCUGCCAGCCCUCUGAUUCCUUGGACCCAAAUAUUGAACAGAUUUCUUAGUAGUUAUCCAUGAAAGACGACUGUCUGUCCCACUGACCUUCAGAUGCAAUAUCAACAUGCACUUCGGGUCCCAUCCACCUGGGCCAUGGUCUUUCACAUCCUUGAUUCCUCCCUCUGGUGUGGGGGGCAUUUGGCCGGCUGUCUCCAAUUGUACCUCUUCUACUACCCUCUUCCUCUGAUUUGAUUUUGUUUCUUGUCCUUCCUCCCUAAUUCAAUUUUCUGGAUGCCUGACUUGAGGACAACGCUCUGUUGUUAAUAUUGCCUGUGCUCCUCCUUCCCAAACAGAAGUCAUGGAAUCUGAAGGAUGCCUCAUGACUUACUGACAAAAGGCCCCAUUCAGGCUGAUCAUGUGUGCGAUGGUGACUCAGUUCCACUCCACGGUGGGACUAAGCAGAGAACCUGCUCUUAGCAGAUGCUUGGGAGACAGUGGAAACUGAAGGACUGAGCUGAGUUUAAGGGGGUACUUAACCUGCUGAAUUCACCUGUAAAUAUAUUGGAGUAAAUAAAAGAUGAGAGCCAACAACUGUGCAGUUCUUUGCUGAGGGUCAGGGUCACUUGGGGCUUGAAGAUCCAGCUAGCUGUUCUCGGCAUUCUGCCCGCCUGCUCCCUGGAGCCACAUGGCAUGUUCAUCUGUGUGAAUUCUGGGCCCCUCAUCCCUUGUCCCAGGACACUCUGCUCCUUUUUCCUGGGCUGAUCAGAGCAUUUGUCAACUUCAUGACCCAUUUAUUGAUUGAUUGAGAAGGAGUGAUUCUCCCUCUAGAGCCGAGUCCUAGUAUUUCCUCUGGUGUGUCACUGUAAGAGGAGAAGUGGGGGU